AUACCGGAAACGCGUUUAAAUUAACCAAGGAAAAGUACCCACCAUCACCACCUUACUUUAAAGGAAGAUUCAGUAAUGGACUAGUCUGGGUGGAUUAUUUUGCAUCGCUACUUAAUGCCAAGCUAUUUAGCUAUGCUUAUGGUGGUGCUUCAUGCGACUCCGUGUUAAUCAAAUCUUCUGUGGGACCAGAUGAUGUCGUCGUUCCUGGUAUUGCUCAGCAAGUGGAUUCUUUUCUUUUAGGUGAUUAUAAAAAGUUUAGCUGUGAAACGACAUUGGUCGUGUUUGGAACUAUUAUCCUAGAUUAUGAUCGUCCCGCGGGUUCUGGUUCAGUGGAAAAAGUUCGCGAAUCAAUUGUAAAUACCGAUCCUGCAAAGAUUGUGGCAAGCGUUGGCGAGAGAAUGGAAAAACUGUAUAAGAAGGGCUUCAAAAACUUCUUACUUUUUAUUUCACUCCCGGUCGGUGCUUUUCUUACACCAACUGAACAAUCCUAUCCUCCAGAUCUUAUCAAAACUCUCUCGGAAAAACAAGUACUUCAUAAUCAAUAUACUCUUGAGGCAAUGAACAGCUUCAAGAAAAAACAUCCGGAUGCUAUACUCUAUUUGAUAAAAUUAGACGAAAUUAUUUCUGCAGUCUUUAGCCCUGAUUCGCUUAAAGAAUUAGGAAUUUCAGUUUUGAAUGUAGGAUGUAUACCUGACAAUGGUUAUGCUGGAAAAAAAUCCGUGGUAUGUAAAGAACCCGAGAAGUAUGCGUUCUAUGAUAACUAUACGGCCGUGAACACAAACCUUCAUAAGAAGGUAGCUGAACACGUGGUGCCUCUCGUAAAGUAA